AUGGACUGGACGGUGAUCGAGGUUACCCAAAUUAACCUGCAUCACAGCAAAGGGGCCUCGGCGGUUCUAGCCAGACGCCAGUCUGUGAGGCGCACAGCCAUUUCCCUGAUACAGGAACCAUGGGUCGCCCGUGGGCGUGUCAGGGGGGUCGCAGGACCUGACGGUGGUGGAGGUGAUGACAGCUGGCAGUGCUGGAGGCACCAGGAGGCUGGUCAUCUGCCCGGCCCACUUCCCGCAUGGAGAGGAGACACCGCUGAGCUAGUCAAGUUGGUGGAUCUCUGCCAGAAGGAAGGACUGCCACUGGUGGUGAGGUGCGAUGCUAAUGUGCACCACACCAUAUGGGGAAGUACCGAUACAAACGAAAGGGGAAGGAAGUUGCUGGAGUAUUUGAUAACGACUGACCUGGAAGUUCUGAAUAAAGAUCUCAAAGUGGAAGACAAGAAGAUAAGGAACCCAAAGAGGACAGACUGGGACUCCUAUCAGAGGGACCUGGAAAGGAACCUCAAGGAUUUCGCCAGAAAGCACGGGACGGCGGGGGAGCUGGAGCUCUGCGUGGAUCAUCUACAAAGGGUUCUGGUUGGCUCCUAUGAGGCGAACUGUCCGGACAGUCAUCAACAACAGGGGAACCCCCUGGUGGAAUCCACGGUUGCAGAGCCUCAGGGUCAAGGCUCGAAAACCUUGGAACAAGGCGAGGAAUAUGGGCCGGCCUUCCGACUGGGAUCUUUACAGACUCAAAAGGAGUAUAGAGACUCUGUGGUAGAAGCAAAGAAGAAGAGCUGGCGGGAUUUCUGCGAGUUCGUGGAGGGAAUAUCGACCACUGCCAGGCUUUGUAAAUUUCUGUCCAGGAACCCAGACGUUGCGUUGGAGGCAGUUCGAAUGUCAGACGGUACCAUGGUAUCCGAAGAAAGAUGCCUGGAGCAUCUUCUGGAGGCCAGCUUUCCUGGUUUUCGGAGGGUAGAUAGGUGCGAGGAAGUUGGCGCGGGCUUCUUCAGGGCAUGUGCCAACGAUUGGAAGUUAGCGGCAGAAAUAGUGAGGCCAACUAGAGUUAGAUGGGUGAUUGGCUCCUUUCAACCAUUCAAGUCGGCGGGGCCCGAUCUUAUUUUCCCGGCUCUCCUUCAGAGAGAUAAUCAAACCCCUCAAGAGGAUGUUGAGGGGCUUUCUAGCUCUCGGUUACAUCCCCCGAGCGUGGAGAAGGACGAGAUUCGUCUUUAUUCCUAA